AUGUAUCUUCCGCGGUCGCUGAUAUCGAAGCUCUAUGUUCAUCUGCAAAACACGCGACAUCCUCUCUCACCGCCCGUCCUCAUCCUCGUCGCCCUCGAACCCGACGCCCUCUGCGCCUGCCGCAUCCUCACCCGCCUCCUCAAGCAUGACUACAUUCCGCACAAGAUCCAGCCUGUCGCAGGCUACAGCGACCUCGAUGCCGCGGGGAGAGAGCUCGUCAUCCCCAUGAUGGAGAGCCAGGGCGGCAGUGGCGGCGUUGUCGUGUGCUUGGGAGUCGGCGGAAUGGUCGAUCUCGGCCCGCUGCUGGGGCUCGAGCCUGAGGGGCACCUGUCUCCCUACAGCGGCGUCGAGGUCUGGGUUAUCGAUGCCCACCGGCCGUGGAACCUGGGGAAUGUCUUUGGCGGUUAUCCCCUCGAGCCUGAGACGGACGCUGCCAGCUCGUACCUAGCUCGAAGCCCCGUCGGCGUCGAGGGUGGGCGACUUGGGCGUCACUACAAGGCUGGCAAGGGGGGCAUCGUCGUCUUCGAUGAUGGAGAUGUCGAGGAAGGGCUCGAGGCCGAACGCGAUGCGUAUCUGGCCUUGGUCGACAUGCCAGACAUUGACAACGCCCAGGGAGACGACGAGCACGGCGACGACGAGCAGGACAACGACGAAGACGCAUUGGAUCAAGCCUCUGCCCGCCCAGGCCAGAAAAGAAAGAGCUGGUCCGAUGGACCCCAAGACGAGUCGAGCGACGAUGAAGACAGACCGCACCAACGGCGAAGAAGCAAUUCGUCUAGCCCAAUUCCCCAACCCCACCGCCGCCCAGAUCAAAGAGGGCUUUUGUCGUUCAGAGAUCCAGACAUUGCUCUCUCCAGUGACCCGACCGAACCGCCAUCCGGGGCUCAACCUUCGCCAGCGCCCUCAGCUCGUGCCCUGAGAAGAAGAUUACUUCGAAUGCGCCGGGAAAGCGAAACGGUUCUCCAGCAGUACUACAAGAUGGGCUCUUCCUUUGCCGAGCCCAUUUCUUCCAUGAUGUACUCGUUGGCGUCGGAGCUGGGCCGGGAAGACAACGACCUCUUGUGGCUGACCAUUGUCGGUGUUACCUCGAUGGAGCUGUAUGGGCGGUCGUCGGCGGGCAUAGCCGCACCGCUUCGCGGAACCGGCGAGGGGAGGCCAACCGGUUGGAUGGGGGUGAGGGGAGCUCGGCUUCGGCAACUGCUCCGUGACGAGGUUCGACGCUUGAACCCCCCGGAGCUUGCCAACGGGCGAGUCGCUGUUGAGAACACGGGCGUGAUCCCGACGACGGCCCGAAACCCCGAGGACACUGGAAUCCGCCUGUCACCCGAGCCUCGAUUUCUCUUGAUACGACACUGGAGUCUGUACGACAGCAUGCUGCACUCGCCCUAUCUCUUCUCUCGCCUCAAGACAUGGAGCGAGACGGGCAUCAAGCGCCUCCACAAACUCCUCGCCAAGAUGGGCGUUAGCCUGGCGCAAUGCAAACAGAGCUAUACGCAUAUGGACAUGAUGCUGAAGCGCGAACUAAGGGCAAAACUGCUCAAAUACGGCUCUCUCUACAACCUCGACGAAAUGGUUCCCGCCGUGGAUACCGACGGCAAGGAUCGAGCCGGCGCAAAGGAUGGAUGGGGCUUUGUGCGCAGUUGGGGAUGGCGAGCGACUCUGAGCGCGCAAGACGUCGGGGUUGUCAUCGGGGCGCUCCUUGAGGUGGGAAAGCAUGCGCAAGCGACGGACGGCGCUUCCACGGCGAGCCAGAUAACCCGAGAUGCGGAGGAAGAGGCCGAAAGUUUGGCCCAAGGCCAAGAGUGGGUAGUGCGGUUUUGGGAGGCGUAUGACGCAUUGGAAGACAUCGACUCUCUCAAAGCUGGUCUGCCCACUGCGCAGUUUCUGCAUCGUGCCAUCUACCGCACAGGCACGUCACUGAUCAACAAGAAACAGAUCAAACACCUGCGGGCUUUCCGUAUGUGCGUCGUCAAGGACGGGCCGGACGUGGCACUGUUCGCGCAUCCCGCAGCGUUGACCAAGCUGGCUCUCUGGAUCGGAGAGGCGCUGGCGGAACAGGAGAGAGAAUCGCAGGGGAAGCUGUCGCAUGGGGGACGCGGCACGCCCCUUGUUGUGUCAAGCUUGAACGAGAAGCGCGGGGUAUACGUCGUGGUGGGCACUGGCGGAGGCGGAGGGCCAGACGCGAGCUUUCUCGACCGGGAGGCUGCCAAGAAGCGGCGAGAGGAACGAGAAGCCAGAGGAAGGGCCAAAGAGGAGUCACGCAAGGCCAAGGAAAGAGUCAGGGAGGAGAAGCGGGCGGCCAGACGCGCCGCGGGCAGAGACAAGGAGGAGGAGGAUGACGAGGCCGAGACGGAAUCGGAGGGGUCGGAUUCGUCGGACUCGGACGACGAGUCGGACGGGGGCGAGGUGGAGCACGACAAGGGCUACGGCCUCAACCGGUUUGGCAGCGCCUUCCAAGAGGUGGUUUCGGAGACGAGCGCGCGGGUGCGGAUCGACAGCUUCGAGCACUGCGUGGUGGAGGUGAAGAAGGAGGAUCUGGGGGCGUUCCUGGAGGGCCUCAGCAUGAAGGCGGUGGUGGGUUAG